AUGCGUGAUCGAAAACCCUUUAGGAUCGCUUCAACUUUUAGAAGACGUUCAAGGUCUCAUGAGCAUAAUGAUCAUUUAAGUUAUCGUGAAAGCAAUAAAAGAAGUACUAGUGGAAGUCGAAGUCCCAGAAAUGACAUAUGUGAAAGAAGUCCAAGUAUCUGGAAUAAAAGUUACGAACUUUAUAGCAGAAGUUUUAGAGACGUAACCGUAAACAAUAGAGAAAGAAGCAAUAGGAACAAAAGAAGCUCAAGUAAAAGUUUGAGUAAUAGUAUUGACAUAACUUCAGCAACAAAAACUCUCAAAAGAAGCAACAGAAAUGUAAGAAGUAUCGAAAGAAGUUCAAGUAAAAGUUCAAGUGAUAGUAUUGACAUAACUCUGGCAACAAAAACUCCUGAAAGAAGCAACAGAAAUGUAAGAAGUAUCAAAAGAAGUUCAGGUAAAAGUUUGAGUGAUAGUAUUGACAUAACUCUGGCAACAAAAACUCCUGAAAGAAGCAACAGAAAUGUAAGAAGUAUCGAAAGAAGUUUAGGUAAGAAUCUGAAUGAGAGUAUUGACAUAACUAUGAUAGCAAAAACUCUCGAAAGAGAUAACAGAAAUAUAAGAAGUAUCGAAAGAAGUUCAAGUAAAGGUUCGAGUGAUAGUAUUGACAUAACUCUGGCAACAAAAACUCCUGAAAGAAGCAACAGAAAUGUAAAAAGUAUCGAAAGAAGUUCAAGUAAAAGUUCGAGUGAUAGUAUUGACAUAACUCCAGCAAUAAAAACUUCUGAAAGAAGCAACAGAAAUGUAAGAAGUAUCGAAAGAAGUUCAAGUAAAAGUUCGAGUGAUAGUAUUGACAUAACUCCGUCAAUAAAAACUCCUGAAAGAAGCAACAGAAAUGUAAGAAGUAUCGAAAGAAGUUCAGAUAAAAGUUCGAGUGAUAGUAUUGAUAUAACUCUGGCAAUAAAAACUCCUGAAAGAAGUAACAGAAAUGUAAGAAGUAUCGAAAGAAGUUCAGAUAACAAAAAUGUAAGAAGUAUUGAAAGAAGUUCAAGUAAAAGUUCGAGUGAUAGUAUUGACAUAACUCCGGCAGCAAAAACUCCCGAAAGAAGCAACAGAAAUGCAAGAAGUAUUGAAAGAAGUUCAAGUAAAAGUUCAAGUGAUAGUAUUGACAUAACUCCGGUAACAAAAACUUUUGAAAGAGAUAACAGUAACGUAAGAAGUAUCGAAAAAAGUUCAGGUAAAAGUUUGAGUGAUAGUAUUGACAUAAUUCCGGUAUUAAAAACUCCCAAAAGAAGUAACAGAAAUGUAAGAAGUAUCGAAAGAAGUUCAGGUAAGAAUCCGAAUGAGAGUAUUGACAUAACUAUGACAGCAAAAACUCUCAAAAGAGAUAACAGAAACGUAAGAAGUAUCGAAAGAAGUUCAAGUAAAAGUUCGAGUGAUAGUAUUGACAUAACUCCAGCAACAAAAACUCUUGAAAGAGAUAACAGUAACGUAAGAAGUAUCGAAAGAAGUCUCAAUAAGAGUACUAGACAAGAUUUAGAAAGAAAUAAAGUUCGAGAAUAUUCUCUAGAAUCACGUAGAGAAUACUCUCUGAAAUUAUAUGAAGAAUACUCUUUAGAACCACAUGGAAGAUAUCUAAAAUCACGUAAAGUGCUUGAGGAUAUGACUGAUGAAUAA